AUGAUUGGCUGCUCACCUCCUAUAGGGUACAUAAGCAGCAGCGAUGGGCAGACAUUGCCUCCGCGUGUUGUGGCCAAAAAUGUUGACACAGGAUGGAUAACAUCGCGGCAGGUCGAAGAGGGCGAGACCUUGUGGAGUGAAAAUCUUUUCAUCUUUGCUGGGAGGCGUUGCGGUGAUGUUGGUGGCGGUGACGUUGGGGGUCUACCGGUGCCGCCCACAGAAGAUGCUGAAUGGAAUAGAACGGCCUCUGCUAUAUGGAGUGCCAUGACCUCCAUAGGUGACGAGCAAGUGAAGUAUUGGGCAAUGGGCUUCACUGCGCUGAUGCGUGCGCUGUUUGUCCUCAGCAAGCCUCACAGAGGGGCUGUUUUUUUUAUUGAAGCACGACCCAUUUCGCCUCAGACGGACUCUGUUGCCGUGUCGUUAGCGGCGCUCUUGGUAAAGGGUUUCAAAAAGCUGAAGGGCUUCUCUCCGAUGGAGCCGAUACCAGCCACUUGGCUGCUGAUGUCCCUCCAGGAAGGUGGCAUCCCAUUGCAUGAUGCCUCAACACAGAACGCAGCGGGGCUGUACUGUUUUUUGAGUUUUGCACAGAAGGCAGCAAGGGUGCCAUUAAGGGCUGCGGCAAAUGCCAUCCUUUCGGUUACGGGGGUAACAGAAGCGGGGGAUGUCGAGGUGCGUUGUACUGCUGUCAAGCCCAUCCUUAAGGGAACACAAGUUCGGCUGCACCUGGGUCGAUGCCUUGAUGCCUGUCUGACGGUGAGUGACAGCUUAAAACCCCGAUGGGAGAGCUAUUGUGGGGCUAUCGAAGAACUCUUGCUCGUGGCACGUUAG